UGUUCCAAGCUGCCAGUUCUGCAGCCACCGGCUCUCCUGCCCCUGUCCUGAGAAGCAUGCCCGAGCUCAAAGACACCCCCGCCAAGGAUCUGGACAGGUUCAUCGAAAACUAUCUCCUGCCAGACACACAGUUCCGCAGGCAGGUCAAAGAAGCCAUUCACAUCAUCUCCACUUUCCUGAAAGAGAGAUGUUUCCAAGGUGCAGCCCACCCUGUGCGGGUGUCUAAAGUUGUCAAGGGUGGCUCUUCAGGCAAAGGCACGACCCUCAGAGGCCGAUCAGAUGCCGACCUUGUGGUCUUUCUUAACAAUCUCAAGAGUUUUCAGGAGCAGCUCGAGAAACGAGGACAGUUCAUUUGGGAAAUUAAGAGGCAGCUGGAAGCCUGUCAAAGAGAAGAAACCUUUGAAGUGUACUUUGAGGUCCAGAGUCUGCAGUGGGAGAAGCCCCGCGCCCUCAGCUUUGUCCUCAAGUCCCCCCAGCUUGGUGAGGGGGUGGAGUUUGAUGUGCUGCCUGCCUUUGACGUCCUGGGUCAGUGGACCAAUAACCACAGACCCAACCCUGAAGUCUACAUCAAGCUAAUCCAAGAGUGUGAGAACCGGGGGACAGAAGGCGAGUUCUCCACCUGCUUCACGGAGCUGCAGCGAGACUUCCUGAGGCAGCGUCCAACCAAGGUGAAGAGUCUCAUUCGCCUCGUCAAGCACUGGUACCAAAAGUGUAAGCAGAAGCUUGGGAAGCCCCUGCCACCACAGUAUGCCCUGGAGCUCCUGACAGUCUAUGCCUGGGAGCGUGGAAACCACCAAACAGAAUUCAUCACAGCUCAGGGAUUUCAGACCGUCUUGAAAUUAGUCCUGAACUACCAGCAGCUUUGCAUCCACUGGACAAAGUAUUACAACUUUGAAACCCCGAUUAUCAAACAAUACCUGAUGAGGCAGCUUGCAAAACCCAGGCCUGUGAUUCUGGACCCUGCUGACCCGACGGGAAACGUGGCUGGUAGAGACACAUAUGGCUGGCAGCGGCUGGCACAGGAGGCCAGAGUCUGGCUGAGUUACCCAUGCUUUAAGAAAUGGGAUGGGUCUCCAGUGGGCUCCUGGGACGUGCUGGUAAAACCUGCUUCCUCCUUGAUGUAAUCCCCUAACCCCUCUACACAGCGUGGGGCAUGUGAGACUAAUGCAUUCUAACAUAACAGCAAAAAUUGUGGUCAUUAUCUAAGGUGUGCUGACCUCCUAUUAUGUUCUAAGUCCUGUGUGGAGCAUUUUGCAUGUUUUGUCUUGUCUCCAUCCUCACAUCAUGUCCUUUGAGACAGGCCCGUUCUCCCCUCCCCGUGUCACAGGUGAGGAAACAGGCUUAGAGAGGUCAAGUGACCUCUGUUUUUCCAAAGAAACAUUCUAUCCAAAAAAAAUUGCUCCUUGCCAGAAGUUACAUAUUCAUUGAGUUUCAGGAUAUGUUUCAUAAUUUCAGUCAUCUGGGACACAUUCAGAGAGUUCCUAGGAUUUGCAUACCCCUUCUCCGGAGUUCA